CCCGCCCAGGGCCGGCUGCAGCUGCGUCCGGGCGCUGUUUGCUCCCAGUUCCCUCCCAGUGCUCCCAGUAAGAGCCAUACUGGGAGGAAAAGCGCUCCCAGUUCCUUCCCGCUGCGCCCAGGAUCGCUCCCGGUGCCGCGCGGGGCGGGGCAGCUUUGGGAGUCCAGCAGGGCAGGGCGCGGCUGCUUUUGGGUGUUGGCACCGCCCAGGCCGGGCUGCGAUCGCAAGAGGAGCGGGAGGAAGAGAAGAGAGAGAGGAGCUGGUGAAGGAAAGGUAUAGAGGAAGAGGGGAAGGGAAGAGGAGGACCAGGAAGAGGAGAGACAGUAGAGGAGGAGGAAAGGGAAGGAGCGGCAGGAAGAGCGGGAGCAGCAGCAGCACCAGCAGCACGCGGUUUCCCCGCUCCCCCGGCUCCGGAAGCAUCGCCUCACGGAACCCGCAGGAUUUCCCAUUCCCAAACCUUGGCCUGAUGGAGGAGGACUCCACAAGGAAGAGGAAGAUGUCCCAGGAGCCCCAGGCAGACAAGGAGCUGAGAACGGGGACCAGGGAGGACAAAUCCCCGCGGCAGAACCUCAUGGAAGAGGCAUUUUUGAAUGGCUCCACGGUGCAGGAAUCCAAACGGGAGGAAAAGCCCUGGAGAUCCUGCAUAGGAGAGGCUGCAAACACAGAUCCCAGGGAUGUGAGGAGGAAAGGUCCACCCUGGGCCAGAGAGGAGGCUGGAGCUCAGAGCUGGGGGUUCAUAAGCAGGUUCAUGAUGAGGAGGCCCACAAGUGCUCGAAAUGUGGGAAGAGCUUCAGGUGGAGAUCCGAACUGAUCUGCCACUGGGUAACCCACACGGGAGAACAACCAUAUGAGUGUGAUAAAUGCAGGAAGAGGUUUCAAAACAACACCUGUUUCCUCAGGCACCAGGGGAGUCACAUGGAGGAGAGGCCCUUCCGCUGCCCUGACUGCGGGAUGGGCUUCAAGCACAACUCCAGUGUCAUCACCCACCGGCGCAUCCACACCGGGGAGAGGCCCUAUGAGUGUCCCGAGUGUGGGCAGAGCUUCAGGUUGAGCUCUGACCUGACUAUUCACCAGAGGAUCCACACAGGGCAACGGCCCUAUGAGUGUGGGGAGUGUGGAAAGAGCUUCAGCCGGAGCACCACCCUGGCUGUCCACCAGAGGAGACACACCGGGGAGAGGCCCUAUGAGUGUGGGGAGUGUGGGAAGACCUUCAGCCGGAGGUGCCACCUGAUGCGCCAUCAGAUGAUCCACACUGGGGAGAGGCCCUACGAGUGUGAGAAAUGCAAGAGGUUUCACACCAGCUCCUGUCUCCUCAGCCACCAGCGCAUCCACACCGGGGAGAGGCCCUAUGAGUGUGGGGAGUGUGGGAAGCGCUUCAGCCAGAGCUCUACCUUGACCCAACACCAAUGCAAGUGCAACUAAGGGAAUCCCUGUGAGUGCCCCGAGUAUGGGAAGAGCUUCGUGUGCUGCUCCAGCUCCAUCCCCCAUGGGAGGAUCUGCACUGGAUGAUCCCCAGUGAUCCCGGUGGGCAGACCCCCGGUGAUCCCUGGUGCCAGUGAUCCUUAUUGGGAAGAUACCUGGCUGGGGGGCUCUACAUCGUCCUGACUCCCCGUGGCCUGGAUUUUCUUUUAAUUUCUUUUGUCCUUUCAAAACACCCAAACUUGGGGUAAAAAUCAAGACGUUGAACUAAGACGAGGACAGGGAUGUGGGGGAUGAUGGGUGUGAGGGAGUUGAGGGUUUCUGGCAGGGACUUGGGACUUGCUCAGGGAUUUGGGCACCCCAGGCCGAGUGGUUCCAGCUGCACUGGGAGACCCUGAUGGAGGUUCUGGGGCAGCUGAUCAAGGAUCUUCUGCCGUGGAACUUCAUGGCCUCUCAUCCUGGUUCCCACUCUCCCUUGUCCAGGAAGCCCUUCUCCCUGCUGUCACCCCUCCUGCACCCUACCCAUUCCAUGUCACCACACUCUCACUCCCAUCCUGCUUCCAUCCCAGUCCGGAUCCCAUGUACAUUUACAUUCCCUGUCCCAUAUUCUCUGUCUGCUUGCCUUUGCCAUGUUCUCAGUCCCAUAUUCCCUGCCCUGUUCCUGUUCUCAUAUUCCCGGUCCCCCUGCUGGUCCUGCAUUUCCAUUUGUUAUUCUCUGUCCCAUUUCCAUAUUCCCAUCCCCGGUCCCAUAUCCUGUCCCUUUCUCCAUUCCCAGUCUCAUUCCUGGUCCCACUCCCAUAUUUCCUGUCCCACUUCCAGUCCCAGUCUGGUACUCUUGGUGCAAUUCUUGGUCGCUCUUCCCAUUCCCUGUAUUAUUCCCACUUCCUGACUCGUAUUUCCAGUCCCAUUCCUGGUUCCAUUCCCAUAUUCCUGGUCCCUAUCCCCAUUUGCAGUCCUGUCCCUUGUUUCACGUCCUAUUCCCAGUCCUUGUCCCUAUUUAUUGGGGUACAUAGGACAGAGAGCACUACAGACUUACUUAACAUAGCCGGUUUGAUAACCAAGAUGCCUUGGCAAGAACAAACAGAGCUUUGAAGAUUACAGGAGAUUGGAUUAAGUCUGUUGAUGUGAAAAGAAGAUUGAAUCAAACUUCUCCAAACAAGAUAUGUUGUAAAAUGUGUGACUUAGUCUGUAUGAUGUUUAACCUGAUUAUUGUAGCAAAAAAUUACUAGCCGUCCUGGAAUAGUAUAUAAGCAUUUGGAAAUUCCAGUAAAAAGGAAUUGUGAUCACUGAA